AUGUCUGAAGAGCAGACACCCCAGAUGUCCGAAACAGAAUGCCGCACAGUGGAUUCCCCAGAAUUUGAAGAUGAAGAACGCUGGCUUUACAAGGUAUUGGGAAUCAAGCUUAUGCCUUCCUCUGCACUGGAUCCUUGGCAGUUUAAAGGGUCCAAUGGUACUACAGGCCCCAAUUCCAAAAUGGAUGACGACAUGGAAACUCAGGAGGACAAAUCCCUGGGGGAGAUGCUCACUGAUCUGAACUCAGAAGGUGAACAAGAUGUGAAAAGAACUGCACCAGAUAAUGCCAUGAAUCCAACUGAUUAAACAAGGAUCAAAAACACCUUACCAUCACCUGUC